CUCCUCCUGGUUCGAGAACAGAAUGGCGUUAAAUCACACUGCCCUGCCUCAGGACGAGCGCCUGCCACAUUACCUUCGAGAUGGGGAUCCCUUUGCUUCCAAACUUUCUUGGGAAGCGGAUAUAGUGGCUGGCUUUUACCUGACAAUAAUUGGGAUUCUGUCUACAUUUGGAAAUGGAUACGUCCUUUAUAUGUCUUCUAGACGAAAGAAGAAGCUGAGACCCGCUGAAAUAAUGACUAUCAAUUUAGCUGUCUGUGAUCUGGGGAUUUCAGUUGUAGGCAAGCCGUUCACCAUCAUCUCUUGCUUCUGCCACCGCUGGGUGUUUGGCUGGAUUGGCUGCCGCUGGUAUGGAUGGGCUGGAUUUUUCUUUGGCUGUGGAAGCCUUAUCACCAUGACUGCUGUCAGCCUGGAUCGAUAUUUGAAAAUCUGCUAUUUAUCUUAUGGGGUUUGGCUGAAAAGAAAGCACGCCUACAUCUGCCUGGCAGCCAUCUGGGCCUAUGCUUCCUUCUGGACCACCAUGCCCUUGGUAGGUCUGGGGGACUACGCACCUGAGCCCUUCGGAACCUCGUGCACCCUGGACUGGUGGCUGGCCCAGGCCUCGGUAGGGGGCCAGGUUUUCAUCCUGAACAUCCUCUUCUUCUGCCUCUUGCUCCCAACGGCUGUGAUCGUGUUCUCCUACGUAAAAAUCAUUGCCAAGGUUAAGUCCUCUUCCAAAGAAGUAGCUCAUUUCGACAGUCGGAUCCAUAGCAGUCAUGUGCUGGAAAUGAAAUUGACAAAGGUAGCGAUGUUGAUUUGUGCUGGAUUCCUGGUUGCCUGGAUUCCUUAUGCAGUGGUGUCUGUGUGGUCAGCUUUUGGAAGGCCAGACUCCAUUCCCAUACAGCUCUCUGUGGUGCCAACCCUACUUGCAAAAUCUGCAGCGAUGUACAAUCCCAUCAUCUACCAAGUUAUUGAUUACAAAUUUGCCUGUUGCCAAACUGGUGGUUUGAAAGCAACCAAGAAGAAGUCUCUGGAAGGCUUCAGGCUGCACACCGUAACCACAGUCAGGAAAUCUUCUGCUGUGCUGGAGAUUCAUGAAGAGUGGGAAUAACAAAUGUUCUGGUUGUGAAGAGUGCAUCCGAAGUGCUUACACAGCGUCUGGCACAUGCAGAGAAAUUAGCUUACAAAUGUUAUUUUUCUGACUUCUCGCCUCCACUCCACUUACCCUGUCAGGAAAAAAUAAUUCACAAGGAAUAUCAAAACAAUGAUGCACCCUAGGAGUAUCCAAGUAUCUUAGCUGAGUUAUCUCACUCUAGUAUACUGGCAGAGUUACAACCAGAGAGUGCUAGAAACCCAUGCUUUCAGCAUCCUGCAGUGCACACCUCAGUCUAGUCAGUAAGGACCUCACUUUCUUCUGAACUGGGACUUGUGAAAGCUAGCCUGGAAAGCCUGAUUCAAGGAGAUCAGGCUGUGUCUCUAACUGGAGCAGCUACACUCCACAUCUGUAGUUUGAUUUGUUCUAUUGCAGAUGAUGUACUGGGCAGAGGUGAGUGUGGACUGGUGAAAAUCUGUUUUUAUGACUGGCAAAGCAGUGCAGGGGUCUUUUACUGAUAAGAAGCAUCAUCAGUAGAGUUUGUCCCUGAUGCCUUUACCACAGCAUCUGAGCCGCUCUCAAGUUUUUCCAGGCCAACUCCAGUUUCAAUGAGGAUAGUGUGGGCUUUCUAUGCCCCGAAUGUUCUUACUACAGUUAAUAUGUAGGUUACUGCCCCAGCCCAGCUGCAGGUUCCCAGAUAUAAAUUCCAUGUAGGCAGAAACUGUCCAGUUCUUGAAAUUGAAUUAUUUCCUUGUUUUUUUUUGGUUUGUUUUGUUUUUUUUCUGCUUAAAGCUCCUUGGGAUGCUUCCUCUUAAACUCUUAAAAGUCUUUGAAGAAUAAGAGGUUAAGCUAGGACAACCUGAAUCUAUUUUUUUUUUUUUGUAAAAAUGAGAUUGAAAUUAUCCCCAUAAUUCCAUAAAUUAGCUUUUU